UAACCACAGGGAAAUGGCAGGCAAGAAGAAAGAAAUCCAGCUCCAGAUGCAAAUAACCAAUGAGAACCAGUGGGGUGAAAUGUUGCUGAUGAAAGGUGUAGUAGUAAUAGAUGUGUAUCAAGCCUGGUGUGGUCCUUGCAAAGCUGUGCUGAGCCUAUUCAGGAAGCUGAAGAGCGAGUUCAGUGAAGACGAUGUGCUGCAUUUUGCCGUGGCAGAGGCUGACAGCAUUCUGGCUCUGCAGUCAUUCAGGAACAAAUGUGAACCUGUGUUUCUGUUUUGUGUUAAUGGCAAAAUUAUCUCAAUAGUGAAAGGUGUCAAUGCUCCUCUUCUAAGUAAGAAAAUAACAGAGCUAGUGCUAGAAGAGAGAGCAAUUGCAUCUGGACAGAAAGAGCACACCACGGUAGAAGAACUUGUUUUGCAUGAAGAGAAACCACCAGAAGAGCCUGUUGAGGAGACCGCAUCUCAGGAAAAAGCAGUCAAAUAUUCUCUUGGUAUUAUAAAACCUGAUGAUGUCUCAGAGGGACGUGUAGAAGAAAUUAAAAGCCAGAUUACAAACGCAGGAUUUAGCAUCGAAGCAGAAGAGGAGAAAAUGCUAACUGAAGAGCAAAUCAGAGUGUUCUAUGCCUGUAGAGCGAAAGAGUGUUUAUCACAGGGUAGGACUGGAACUAAGCAAGUGAACAGGCAGGAAGAGAAAGCAUCUCCAGUCAAGUUCAUUUUUCCGGCCCUAUCCUACAUUAGGACACCCGAUUUUGAAGAUUUCCUUCAAUUCAUGCUAAGUGGACCAUGCCACAUUUUGAUCGUCUCUAAAAAAAACCCAACUGAUGCUAUUCCUCACUGGAAAGAGCUAGAUGAGAUGAGUAAGAGCGUUGAUGAGGCUGAGAAGCCAGACAGGGGGGAAGAAACUGUGGAAACUGGGGCUCUAUUAAAUGUAUGUGAUAUGGAAGAUAGCAUAGAAAAUGCCAGCAGACAACUUGCCUUCUUCUUCCCAAAUUUUGAUACCCACAAGACAGAGCAAAGAACAGAAAAAACUUUGGCCUUAAUCAGACCAUGUCUCCUAAAGGAAAGACGAGAGUCAAUCCUGCAAAGAAUAAAGGAUGAUGGCUUCAAAAUAGCAAUGCAGAAAGAAAUCACCCUAACUGAAGAACAAAUACAUGAAUUUUACAAAGAGCAUGUAGAUCAAGACUACUUCCCAGUCCUUCUAGAGCAAAUGACCAGUGGUCCAACUCUGGUACUUGCUCUAACAAGAGAAAAUGCUGUAGCGCGCUGGAGAGAGUUAUUGGGCCCAAAGUCUGUUGAGCAGGCUAUGAAGGAAAACCCAAACAGUUUACGUGCACAGUAUGCUGUCAGCAAUGUACCUAUUGGUCAGCUGCAUGGUAGUUCCACACCUGAUGAUGCUCAGAAGGAAUUGGAAUUCUUCUUCCCACAGGAGCACACUUUGGCAUUAAUCAAACCUGCCGCUGCUGCAAAGCAUAAAGAUGACAUCUUGCAAAAAGUGAAAGGUGCUGGAUUUACCAUCUCAAAGAUUAAAGAAGAAUCUUUAACUCGUGAGGUGGCUGCACAGUUUUACCAGGAUCACAAAGGAAAACCCUUUUUUGAAGACUUAUUGUCCUGUAUGACUGAGGGCCCAUCAGUGAUAAUGGUCUUAACAAAGGAAAAUGCUGUGGAAGAAUGGAGGCAUAUAAUGGGUCCAGUCGAUCCAGAAGUGGCUAAAGAGACCUCCCCUGGAUCAAUUCGAGCUCAUUUUGCACAAGAUAUUUUGUCUAAUGCUGUUCAUGGAUCAUCAACUAAGGAACAUGCACAGAAAAGCAUUGAGUGUGUAUUUGGAGAGCUCGAUCUAAAUUGAGCGAUUAAGAUGCAGUCGCUGAAAACUGAUGCUCAGGUCAUUAAAUGCAUUUGUCUGCCCAACCACCUA